AUGAUUCAACAAACAGAUCGAAAUCGUCUCCUUGCCAGAGAAGAAAGGCGUUCCCAUGACACUAGAGGCUCAAACGCCGCUUUUUUUGCUCAACCACCACAACCGGUGGCUGCCCAACCCAACCACCAGCUUGCCCAGCCACCUCGCAACUUGGGCGGUGGCGGCAAGGGUGGUGGUGGGCGGGGCCGUGGCCGUGGCAGAGGAAGGGGAAGACUUCGCAGUGAGUCUGUACUUCAGCCCCUCAACCAGUUGCCUCCUCCAAAUGUCAAACGGGAGCUUAUAAUGCUUUCUUUACCGGCAAUAGCUAGCCAGGCCAUUGAUCCUAUGGCUCAGCUGAUGGAGACAGCUUAUAUUGGCAGUUUAGGUCCUGUACAGCUGGCAUCCGCUGGUGUUUCUAUGUCUAUCUUUAAUAUCAUUUCAAAGCUAUUCAACAUACCACUUCUUAGUGUUGCUACUUCUUUCGUAGCUGAAGAUUUAGCAAAGUCUUCUUCAGAUGGCGAUGAAAAAAAUGAAAGAAAACAGUUAUCAUCAGUUUCGACAGCGUUAUUUCUCGCUCUAGGCAUUGGCAUCAUUGAGGCGCUAGCUUUACUUUUGGGAGCUGGAUCAUUCCUCAGGUUAAUGGGUGUCUCAGCAGAUUCUCCUAUGCGAGUACAAGCAGAGAAGUUUCUGUCACUUAGAGCUCUUAGUGCCCCCGUUGUUGUACUUUCUCUGGCUCUUCAGGGUGUGCUGAGGGGAUUUAAGGACACAAAAACCCCUGUAUUCUGUCUAGGUGUUGCCAAUCUUGCAGCUGUUUUUCUGUUCCCGCUUUUCAUAAAUUAUUUUCAGAUGGGUGUCACUGGAGCAGCCACUGCCACUGUUGUGUCUCAAUACAUAGGUAGCUUCUUGAUGAUUUGGUUUCUUAGCAAGAGAGUAAUAUUAUUACCUCCAAAAUUUGGAGAUCUGAAGUUUGGGGUCUAUUUAAAAUCUGGUGGAUUUCUGAUUGGAAGAACUGUGGCUGUUUUGAUAACUAUGACGAUUGGGACCUCGAUGGUUGCUCGUCAAGGUCCUCUAGCUAUGGCUGCUCAUCAAAUCUGUAUGCAAGUGUGGUUGGCUGUCUCUCUUUUAACUGAUGGAUUGGCCGCAUCUGGUCAGGUCUACACUCCGAGGAUUGCGCCUUAUGCGAGGAAUUUGAUGUGGUUCGUGAGCAAUGGGCUAAGUUUUUUACAAAACAAGUAUUUAUUAUUGGCUUUAGCGCGCUUGAUCGAGUUGGUUUAGUUGUUAUAGAAUAAA